UUCAGUUAUUUCAUCACUUCAAAGCAACGCCUCUUAAAAAGCUUCUUGUGUAUUUCUUGUGCACAAUAAGACAUUGAGAAAACUGGGAAACGGGUCAGUCCGAUUUUGUUCAACAUUAGAGCGCUGGUUUUCCAGCGGCGUCGGACAAACUGCGCCCAACCCCAGCCAUCUGCUAUAGCAUAGUUGGCGUUUGAGUUUCAUAUUGUUAGUUCAAAAACACAAUUUAGUAAAGUUUAUUCCGAGAAGCUCUCCUAUUCCUUUCGCAUGACCAUUAAUUUCUUUUUGUCAAUAACUAAUCAUGAUUUUUCAUUAUGUCACUGUAUAAAGUUCAUGUCAUUAUAGCCAUUGAUGAUGAUGUGUUUUAGAAAGAACAAUGGCGGGAACAGCAAUGGCGUAUACAGAGGCUGUUGUUGGAGGCACGACUCUACAGCAAAGACACAGGGUCGACGCAUUUCUCUUGAACCAUGACGAUAUCAAAUGAUAGCCCGUCCGACGGUGGAUCCAAGGUUGUGGCGGCAUCAGUUCAUAUUGGGAAUUCGGAGGAUGUGCGCCUCUCCAUCCGAUCCUCGAAACUCCACGUACCCCUUUCGGAGGAUGCGCCGUCUGGUGGCUGCUAUCUGUCACGAUGUCGGCUUCCCGACUGGUACGCCACGGAGCUCAAGUAUAUUAUCAAGCUAGCAUGGCCGAUCGCACUCCUUUGUUUGUUACAGCAGAUCAGCACAAUCAUCGCCACCAUCUUCUGUGGGCGACUGGGGACGAGCGUCUUUGCCGGUGUCUCUCUUGCUCUUUCGUUGAUCAACAUCUCGUGUCUGUCCGUGUCCCAAGGCAUUGCCAGUGCCUGUGAUACCCUCUUCACCCAGGCCUUCGGGAGUGCCAACAAGAAAUUGGUGGGUGUCUUCCUACAAAGGGGUUUGAUCAUAAUGUUACUCACCUGCUUCGUCGUAAUCGCGUUCAUUCUGAAUGGCGAGAUCAUGUUUUUGGCCAUUGGCGAAAACCCAACAGUCUCUAGGGUUGCUGGCGAGUACCUCCUACUCUUUGUUCCCGGUGCAAUUGCCAUUUUCAUCUUCAUUGUCUUGUCGAGAUAUAUUCUCAGUCAGAAUCUUGUGAAACCUCUACUCGUGAUCGCGACACUUGGUAACGUUGUUGACGCUUUGGCUCACUACCUGCUGAUAGACCAAGCGGGUCUUGGUUACCAUGGCUCCGCCAUCGCCCUGAGUUUGACCCACAUCAGCAUGGUCAUCUUCACCGUCAUCUACCUCCUGGCCUCCAAGAUGUAUCAACCGACCUGGUCGGGAUGGUCUGUGGCGGCGUUCUACGACUGGGGAAUGUUUAUGAAGCUGGCUAUCCCCGGUACCUUCAUGGUCUCCCUCGACGUCUUUGUGUAUGAACUGGGCGUUAUAUUUUCGGCAUUUCUUGGUGACGAAUACGUGUCAGCCUUGGCCAUCAUCUUCCAAUUAGCUCUGGUAAUGUUCCAAUGCCAUCUUGGCGCAGGCAUCGCGACCUGCAUACAGGUGGGGCAACAUCUUGGCGCCCGAGAUGGGGUCAGUGCGAGACAGUCGGGCAUCACAGCAUAUUCCUUCACCAUUCCAGUCGUGGUCGUUACUACUGGUGUAUUUGCGGGAAUUCCACAAUACCUCGCAGCCAUCUUCACGAAUGAACCUGCCGUGAUAGAUAUCGUGGCUGAAACUCUACCUUAUGGGCCGGCAGCAUACCAAAUACUAAAUGCAUUCAAUUGUGUCUCGAGCGGUAUUCUGCGAGGUUCUGGGCGCCAGAUCCUUGGUAUGCUGGGCAUCAUCUUACCCUAUUUCCUUGUUGGAGUUCCGAUCGCCAUUCCCACUAUGAUGCUGACAGACAUGAAAAUCAACGGAUUCUUUAUCGGAAUGACAUUUGGUAUGUUGAUCCAGUGCGUGUUCACCAUGGCCGUUGUAUCCAGGACAAAGUGGGACAAGGAAGUGGAGAAUGCGGCACUAAACACUAAAUCAGAAAAAAUUUGCGAGACGACAAGCCUCCUAUCCGAUUCCGCCCAAAGUGACCCGGAAUAUGGCGCGGUCGAAGUCCCGCGAGAGAAGCUGACGAGCGAGAGGUCGACGAGUCGUCUGGUCCUCAAGCGUCUGACCGCAGUUGUUGUCAUCCUGCUCGUCCUCGCCGCGGGAAUACUCAUCAGGUUUUACGUCAAGGUGGGCAACGAGCUGCCUCCCGAUGACUGCCUGGACUGGGGCAACUGCAACACAACCACCGUCUACCCCGAACCCAAGGACUUCACCAAGGAACGACUCUUCGGAGUGUUCCGCUGAAGGGACCUUCUACUUCAUACGAACUCGCAGUACAAACACACCCUCCCAACCAUGUGUUGGACAUAAUGACGACUGAAAUACAUGGACAGAAAAUAUAACGAAUACCAAGCCAAGGCCAGGUUGUUCAAACAACGGUAGAUGCUGACACCGAGAUUCUUUAAAACUUGCAUUUGAAACGAUUUUCGUUAGUGUUCACGUUGUUGGAACGACCUGUAAGUUCUCGUGUAGACGUUGGUGUUCGAUUAUGCAGGCUGCAUUCCCCCUUCCCGAAUCUUAUAUUAGUCCACUCAAAGAUGUUUAAGGCAUGUGCAGUUGAGGCAACUUUACGGCGAAAGAUGUCGCGCUAUUCAUCCUUGCAGAGUUUAUGUUUUUACAGAGUAUUGGUGGUCUGUGGUUAGUGUAAAGGGAAGACCAGAAACCCAGCCGUGAAAUUGUUCUCGCGUCUGUUCAUCAACCACACUAGCGUACUUUCAUGUCUCAUCAUAUUUCUGUGAAAUAGCAAGUUUUGGACAAACCUUCCGAAAUGAACGUGUCGUCAUGGUUUUUACCAUGCCUCAUGUAUCUUAAAGUUAUGAAUAAAUUUAAAAGAUCAAUCAAAUACCGU